AUGGAGGAAAAGUUUUGGAAGGAUCAUUACAUGCUCCUCAACAAGGAUGAAGAAAAUGAGCUGGAGAUUUUUGGCUACAAAACCCAAGGCUGCCGCAAGGCCUUGUGCAUUGCUGGAUACAUCUUGUCCUGUGGGGCUCUGCUGCUGCUGUUCUACUGGAAGCCGGAAUGGGAUGUGUGGGCAAACUGCAUCCCCUGCAGCUUGGAAGAGGCGGACGUAGUUCUGCUCAGAACCACCGAUGAGUUUCAGAGAUGCACCCGGAAGAAGGUGACCUGGAUUGAUUUGUCUGCAUUGCCACUGCCUGAUGGCAGUAAUUCAGAAUGUCCUCUCGUAGCUGAUAAAGACUCUGUUAUAAACAGAGCUGUAAAGAAGCCACAAUUAAAGGUGAGAUGUAUACAGGUGCAGAAAAUCCGUUACAUUUGGGACUUUUCUGUAAAACAGUUCAAGAGAGUUGGAUCAUUAGAAGACAGCAAUACAUGUCACAGCAUACACCACAAGUUUGGAGCUGGCCUGACAAGGGAAGACCAGAAGAUCAGGCAGCUGGUGUGUGGGCCUAAUGCCAUUGAAGUUGAAAUUCGCCCCAUUUGGAAGCUACUUUUUAAAGAGAUUUUAAACCCCUUCUAUGUAUUCCAAGCCUUCACUCUCAUGCUGUGGCUGAGCCAAGGCUACAUUGAAUAUUCGGUGGCUAUCAUAGUCCUGUCGAUCAUCUCUGUUGGCCUAACCGUGUAUGACCUCCGACAGCAGUCUACUAAGCUGCAUGACCUUGUUGAGGAGCAUAACAAAGUCCAGGUUACAGUCUGCGUGAAGAGUGAAGGUUGCAAAGAGCUGGAGUCUCGUUACUUAGUCCCAGGAGAUGUGUUUCUUUUAGACAGAAAAAAGCUCUCUCUGCCAUGUGAUGCUGUCCUGAUUGAUGGGAGCUGCGUUGUGAAUGAAGGGAUGCUCACAGGUGAAAGUAUUCCAGUUACUAAAACCCCCUUGCCUCUCAUGGAGAGUCCAAUGCCCUGGAAAACCCACAGCAUGGAGGACUACCGGAGACAUGUCCUCUUCUGUGGGACUGAAGUCAUACAGAUGAAGCCAACUGGCAGAGGGCCAGUGAGAGCCGUGGUGCUGCAAACUGGGUUCAACACUGCUAAAGGUGACUUGGUGAGAUCCAUCCUCUACCCCAAGCCCAUGAACUUCCAGCUCUACAGAGAUGCCUUCAAGUUCAUCAUAGGCCUCUCCGCCAUCGGUGUGCUGGGACUGAUCUACACCGUGUGCGUGUUCACGUACCACCAAAAGCCGGUGGCAGAAGUAGUGGCUAUGGCCCUCCUCCUCCUCACCGUGGCUGUGCCUCCCGCGAUCCCCGCUGCCUUGACCACAGGCACUGUUUAUGCCCAAAGGAGGCUGAAGAAAAAGAUGAUUUUCUGCAUCACUCCACAGAGGAUUAAUAUCUGCGGGCAGAUCAACCUUGUUUGCUUUGACAAAACAGGCACACUGACAGAAGAUGGACUGGACCUGUGGGGUGUCCUCCCUUCUGAGGGAAGCCGGUUUCAGGAAAUUCGCAAGUUUCCAUCCAGCACUCCUCUGCCCUGGGGACCUGUGUGCGGAGCCAUGGUGAGCUGCCAUUCCCUGGUGGUUUUGGAUAAGAAGAUUCAAGGAGAUCCACUGGACUUGAAAAUGUUUGAGGGCACGCACUGGGAGAUAGAAGAGUCCAACACAUCUCAGGAUGGGGCUGGUGUUCUUCACACCUGUGUCGUUAGACCGGGGCCGAAGGCCAGCAGCGCUCCUGUGGAAGGAAUAGCAAUCCUACAUCAAUUCCCAUUUUCCUCUGGAUUGCAGAGGAUGUCUGUUGUUUCACAGAAGAUUGGAGAGGAACAGUAUGACCUGUACAUGAAAGGAGCACCAGAAAUAGUGUCCAGCUUAUGCAGACAAGAAACUGUCCCAGCUGAUUUUUUAAAGGAGCUUAAGAUGUACACAAGCCAAGGCUUCAGAGUUAUCGCACUGGCCCAUAAAGUGCUAAGCCUAGGAAAGGAUGUAGACGUGAGUGACCUGGAGAGAGAGGAGGCAGAGUCCGGGCUGGUGUUCCUGGGCCUCCUGGUGAUGGAGAAUCGCCUGAAGCAGGAGACGAAGCCUGUGCUGCGGGAGCUGGCUGCCGCCCGCAUCAGGAGCGUCAUGGUCACAGGGGACAACCUCCAGACAGCAGUCACGGUGGCCAGGAGCGCGGAAAUGAUUCCCAAGGCCAGCAAAGUCAUCAUCAUCGAAGCAAGUGAACCAGAGGGCUCCACUCCAGCCUCCAUUGCCUGGCAGCUGGCAGAAGACAGCAAAGCAAGCACAGCUGCUGCCCCUGUAUGUGUAUGUGCUAAUGCCCAGGAAAAGAUCAACUUGGAUGGAGAAAGCUGCAACUACCAUUUUGCCAUGAAUGGGAAAUCCUACCAGGUUCUCGUAAAGCACUUCUACAGCUCGCUGCCAAAAAUACUGGUGAAUGCUACUGUCUUUGCUAGAAUGUCUCCUGGUCAGAAAUCCAGCCUUGUGGAAGAGCUUCAGAAACUCGAUUACUACGUGGGCAUGUGCGGUGACGGAGCCAACGACUGUGGGGCUUUGAAAAUGGCCCAUGCGGGGAUAUCGCUGUCAGAGCAGGAGGCAUCAGUGGCCUCGCCUUUCACCUCCCAGAUCCCCAACAUCCAAUGUGUGCCGGAGCUGAUCAGGGAAGGUCGAGCUGCUUUGGUUUCUUCCUUUGCUGUGGUUAAAUACCUGACCCUGUAUGGCCUGAUUCAGUUUGUUGGUACUGCUCUGCUGUUUUGGCAGCUGCAAAUCUUUGGGAAUCACCAGUAUUUGAUACAAGACGUUGUCAUUACACUUCUGGUUUGCCUAACAAUGAGCUUGACCGAAGCUUAUCCAAAGCUGGCACCCUACCGCCCCCCUGGCCAGCUCAUCUCUCCUCCCUUGCUGCUCUCUGUUGUCCUCAACGUGUGCUUCACUGUAACCAUGCAGACCUGUGGCUUCCUUCUGGUGAAGCAGCAGCCCUGGUAUGUAGCGCUGGCCAGCCGGAGACAUUGCUCUCUGGGGAACCAGACUGUGCUCACCACCAGCCCCAAGGGGAAUGGUACCAGCAGUGUCCAGAGCACUGUCCUCAGUUACGAAGACACGACACUGUGGCCAUUGACCACUAUCAACUGCAUCAUUGUGGCCUUUGUCUUUUCCAAGGGAAAGCCCUUCCGGAAGCCCAUCUACACCAACUAUGUGUUUUCUGUCCUCCUGGCCCUCCAGCUUGCAGUCUGCCUCUUCCUCUUUUUUGCCGACAUUGAUGCUGUGUACCGUGGCAUGCAGUUUCUGUGCACUCCUGUGAUCUGGAGAGUUUAUGUCUUACUGAUGCUCCUGGCCAACUUCUGUGUAUCUUUUUUUACAGAGGAUGUUCUCCUGCAGAACAAGCACCUCUGGAUGCUGAUUAAAGCCUGCUUUGGGUACCAGUCGAAGAGCCAGUACCGAAAAUGGCAGAGGAUGCUGCAGAGGGAUCCAAACUGGCCUCCAGUAAACACAAAGGACUUUGCAGCCAAACGCAUGGCUGAGGUUUACGUUAACCCCAGCUAUGAGCAUGGGGACUAG